AUGGCUGGUGAAUCUGCUGUUAUAGAUGAUCAAAGCCAGGGCCCGACUAUUCUCGCAGUAUGCUGGCUCCUGGUUGCUCUCCCCGGCUUGAUGGUCGCCUUGCGACUUUGGUGCAAGCUUAUCCUUAGUCGACGCGGUUUCGGUUUCGAUGAUGGCCUCAUUGUUGUGUCAUGGAUCAUUCUCCUCUGUUACACUGCUCUCAUCACCAAAGCGGUCCAAAUGGGUGUAGUUGGUAGACACGUUUUCGCCAUUGAAGAUCAAGAAAAAGUCGCACCGGCACUCAAACUCGUGUAUAUAAGCUAUGUUAUUAUCAUCCUCGGCUGUGUAUGGAGUAAAACCUCUUUUGCCUUUACCCUUAUGCGUAUUGUGACUCGCACCUGGAUGAAGGCUUUGUUAUGGUUUAUCAUCGUCACUAUGAACGCCAUCAUGUGGCUUACUGCCAUCUGCUACCUGGCUCAGUGUAACCCAGCUGCAGCCCUAUGGAAUGUCAAGCUCAUGGCUACUGCCAAGUGCUGGCCGAGCAAUGUAUUCGAGACGAUCGCUCUUACGGCUGGUGCAUACUCGGGAUGCAUGGAUUUCGUCCUUGCUCUUCUUCCAUGGAUGGUUCUUUGGGGCCUUGAAAUGAAGAAGCGUGAGAAGAUCGGUAUUGCUCUUGCCAUGAGCAUGGGAGUCUUUGCCGCCGUUACUGCGUUUAUCAAGACUUCAAAGCUUGUCAACGUUUCUCAGGUUCAAGAUUUUACUUGGUUCUGCUCCAGUAUCACCUGUUGGGCAGCCGCCGAAACUGGUCUUACGAUCUUCGCCGCCUCAAUUCCUUCUCUCCGAAUCCUCUUCGUUCGUAUCCGUUCCAGCUACGAUCAUACCGGUGAGAACCACACCUCGGGUACCUACGGUGGAGAUACAAUUGUACUGCAGGGACCCGGAGAUGACAGCAGUGUUAAAAGUAUGCUGAGCGAGACUGGAAUCAAGGCGACUCAGCAGGUGGCGGUUGAGCGGGAUGUUGGGUCUGAGGAGAGAGGCGUGAGCCCGAGUCAUUGA